AAAAUUGCGCAAUGUCCUUUAUCAGAAAAGAAUCGAGCUUUUCACAGGAUUCUGAGAAACUUAUCAAGUCACACAAGCAAGAGAUGAGUGUCAUGGACCAGGUCAGGUCUGUCCUCAGUAAUGAUAUCCAUUCAUUUGAGAUUCAGGAACCAGGGCAGGGCGAGGAGACACCUACCAAGAAUAACACAUUUUUGGGGUACCUUUUCAUGUUCAUUUCUGUUUUUGGUAUCACAUGGGGACAUAUUUUCUCAAAGGUUGCUUUCACCAGGAAUCCAGCACUUGGAGGUAUAGACUGUGUCACAUUCUUCGGAAUCUGGCUCUGUAUUGUAUACAUCACAUGGUCGAAAAUCCUGGGAGUAAAGCUAUCAGUCACAAGUUUACCAAAGACACCAUUAAUAGCACUUCUGCUAAGUAUUGGUGUUACGUUGUUUACCCAGUUGGGCCUGUUCAAAGCUAUUUCUUUGAUCCCAGUAGGAAAAAGUACUCUUAUUUUCAGCACUAAUCCUAUAUUUAGCGUGAUCUUAUCGUUCCUAAUAUUGAGAGAGGGCUUAUCAAAAUCGAUCAUUUUCUCAGCCCUUGGAGCCUUUGUGGGAAUCUACUUUUUGUCACUGAACAAACAAGGUGAGGAUGAAGAAGGUAAUAGCCUGAUCAUUGGGAUCAUUCUUGUGUUAGUAUGAGCAUGGCUGCAAGCAGUCAUUUUUAUACUUGUCAGAAUUAUCAGUUCCCAGAACAUCCAUUUUACGGUUCGACCUGCAAAUGUCGGGAUGUUUUUCAUCACUUUUGUGAUGCUUUACAAUGGGGUUUUGCUAGCGACUGGGCACCCAAAUACGUUCCAAUAUGAUUUAGGAGACGUCAUUUUGCUAUCAUGAGUUGGACUCGGUUCUUGAUUGUGUAUAGGGCCACUAAGUUUAGCCAUGCAGUAUGAAGAAGCCUCAAAAUUGUCGCCUCUUCUUUAUACAGAGAACAUUUUCACCUUGCUAGCAGACGCUUUGGUGUUUAACUACACCUUUGCAAGUUCUGACUAUAUUGGAAUUACAAUUUGGUAAUCAAGUUCUACUUAAGAUCUUAAGCCAGUAGGAUUUCA